CUGCUAGCUAAGGAGAUCAAGACAUAUAUUUUUUAUUUUUGCAAUUGAACAAGUAGCUUUGGUGGUCCCAGAGAAGGGAAGAAAGAAAGCCAUUCUCUGAGGUCUUUGAUAGCAGGUUUCUGUUGGACAGCGGUAUAAGAUCCUGGAUGAGGACCUUAUUUUCCCCUGCUGAAGUGGAAACCUGUUGCUCUGCAGCUGAGAACUAGGACAGACACAUUGUUUGGUGGUCUUCUUAGAAUUGAAUUGAUGAAAUAAGGAUGGAUUUCAGGCUGGGGAAGAAUUGAUGCUGAGAAAAGAGAUAGUCCAACAUCUGAAAUCCUCUUGAGUCGUAACACUUCUGGCUAUACAGUGUCCCGUUUAUUUGUGUGUACGUUUGAGUCUGUGAGUUUGAAUGUGUGUGAGAAAUGAGGAGGUUUGAUUGUGUGAUAGUCUGAGUGUUUUAAGAGAGUACGUGAGAGUGAGAGAGAGAGAGAGAGAGAGAGAGAGAGAGAGGAAUUUGAUUUUGUGAUCGUGUGAGAGCGAGUGAGGGAGGCAGAAGAACACAAGCCUCUGCCUGCGGGUGGAGACAGUGCGCAGCAGCAAGUCUUCUUAGUCAGGAGCACUCUGACUUGGCUUGUCUUCACUGCUUUACUCAGUGCUACUACAGAGCAGCAGGCAAGCCGCCUACCUACAUCUCACAGAAGAGACCGGACUAAGUAAGUCUGUCACCCAGGUUUGGGUUUGGAUCUUUCUUUUUACAUUACUUUACUCCAACUCUGUUUCUUGGAUCCAAAGACAAGGGCUGCAGAGCAGACGGGAGAGGCUAGAGAUCUCUCUGGCCGGUCAACAGAAUGCAUCUGGUGGUGGAGUCCCCUCAGGAGGCUGUGCUAAAGAUGCUGCCCUAUUUUGUUGAGAACGCCGUGCUGACCCAGAGCGAGAGAUGCUGCAUCCUGAGCGAGAGCUUCUUCAUGGUGAAGGGUGCCGCCCUCUUCCUGCAGCAGGGCAGCAGUCCUCAGGACCAGAAAGCACAUCCCCACCACAAACAUGCAGGAGACUUACCUCAGCACCUGCAGGUGAUGAUCAACAUUCUUCGCUCGGAGGACCGAAUCAAACUGGCGGUGCGGCUGGAGAGUGCCUGGUCAGACAGAGUGCGUUACAUGGUGGUGGUGUACACCAGCGGACGACAGGACACAGAGGAGAACAUCCUGCUGGGCAUAGACUUCAGCGACAAGGACAGUAAAAGCUGCUCCGUUGGCAUGGUGCUGCCUCUGUGGAGUGACACAAAGAUCCAUCUGGAUGGAGACGGGGGUUUCAGUGUGAACACAGUGAGCCGGAAUCAUGUCUUCAAACCUGUGUCUGUACAGGCCAUGUGGUCGGCUCUGCAGAUCCUCCACAAGGUGUGUGAGGUGUCCCGCAGGUACAACUACUUCCCCGGGGGAAUGGCCCUCACCUGGAUGGGUUACUAUGAGAGCUGCAUCGCCUCAGAGCAGAGCUGCAUCAACGAGUGGAACGCCAUGAGAGACCUGGAGACCUUGCGGCCUGACUCCCCCACCAUGUUUGUCGACAAGCCCACAGAAAGGGAGCGGACAGAGUGCCUUAUCAAAGCCAAGCUCCGUAGCAUCAUGAUGUUCCAGGACCUGGAGAACGUCACCUCUAAACAGAUACGGACGGAGCUGGAGCAGCAUAUGAGCUGUAACCUGAUGCAGUACAAGGAGUUCAUCGACAACGAGAUGCUGCUGAUCCUGGGCCAGAUGGACAAGGCAACACUCAUAUUUGAGCACCUCUAUCUGGGAUCUGAAUGGAAUGCCUCCAAUCUGGAAGAGCUUCAGGACACUGGGGUGGGCUAUAUCCUCAACGUCACCAGGGAGAUAGAUAACUUCUUCCCAGGAACAUUCUCCUACCACAACAUACGGGUGUAUGACGAAGAGGAUACAGACCUGCUGGCCCACUGGAACGAGACUUACAACUUCAUAGUUAAAGCAAAGAAGAACCACUCCAAGUGUCUGGUCCACUGUAAGAUGGGUGUCAGCCGCUCGGCCUCCACCGUUAUUGCUUACGCCAUGAAGGAGUAUGGUUGGUCACUGGAGAAGGCCUUCAACUUUGUCAAGCAGAAGAGAAGCAUCACACGGCCCAACACAGGCUUCAUGAGACAGCUGGCUGAGUACGAGGGCAUCCUGGAUGCCAGUAAGCAGCGUCACAACAAGCUGUGGCGUCCUGACCGCCCCGACCCAGACUGUGACCUCCAUGAGGGCCAGCAGGCCCAGUGCUGUGGGGGGGAGGACCCAGGGAACCGGACCCCUGAGCCGGGAAUGUCCCCCUGCUAUGAGGAAAAGGGGGCGGCAUGUCCCCUUUCCCCCUGCAGGAUGAUCAGUCUGGAGGUGGACCCCGCCUACAACAACUACUACUUCCGCAGGCUGUCUGACUCGGCCCUGGACAGUGACCCCUCCACGCCGGUGCGCGCUCUGCCCCUCCUGGACAUGGAGCGGGUCUUCAUAGAGAUAGAGGACGUGGAGCGCGAUGCCCUGCUGGAUGACGAGGCCUUUGAGGGGCGAGAGGGCCUGCCGCUGCCACACUUUGGGCUGGCUGGGGUGGGGGCGGCGGCCCAGACCUCUUGCCGAGGACCAGAGCCCCUGGAAGAGCUGCGCCUGCGUCUGGAGUUCAGCACCGUAGAGGAGGAGGAUGAGGAGGAGGUUCAGAAAGAUGAGGCAGAGAUGGAGGCGUUAGCACACCCAGGAGGAAGAUUGGGGAGUGCAGGAGGAGGUGAUGGUGAAGGAGAGGUGGAGAUGGUUCAGGAAGAGGAGGUAGAGAAGGAGGGCAAUGGGCUGGACCUGGUAACCCUGAACCAGAACUCCAACAAUAACAACCACUUUAAUACCCUGUCCAGACUCAAUGACACUGUUCCUUCCAAACCCGCUCACCCAGUCAAGCCUUCAGCCCUCUCGCGAUCAGACAACAAGCCCAGCCAUAACAUAGAUUCACUGACCCAGGAUGCUGAUCUCUGCCUUAACCCCACACACCUCCCCAGCGUGCCCAGUGUCUCUGUGGAGGUUCCAAGUGCCACUCUCCCUCUCCCACUUACCUCCCCCGACACACCCUGUUCCCUCAGCCUGCUGCACCCCUGUGGCCCUCUGUGUGACUGUGCUGCUCCGCCCUCUACACUUCUGCCUGAAGCCCAGGACUCCCCCUGCUCUCUGACAUCUGAGGACAUGGCUGGUGAGGCCGAGGGUGAGGAAGGGAAGCUUUUAGGGGUCUCUGAGCCUCUCCCUGUCCCUGAGCUGCUGGGACUGAGCCUGGAGGAGAAGAGGCCGGCGGUGGCCUGCUACGUGACCCAGCAGCAGGAGACUCUAGUGCAGCUACAGAGGUCAGGGCUGGUCCGCCGGAGGGCAGAGAGGCUGGAGAGGCUGUCAGGUCUGUCCCAGGAGGGGCUUCAUCCCUUGGAGCCUCUAGACAGCCCCCACUCAGGAGCCAGGGAGGGUCCCAGUCCUGUGGAGGUGGAGUUCUCAGCCUUCCCAGAAGACUUCCCCAAGUCCUCCACACCAUGCCCAGUGUCCCUAGAGCUGCUGGUGGUUCCUCUGACUAACGAGGCCCUGCUGGGUGCAGUGGGGUCUGGGGGGCUGACGCCCAACUCUUCCCCCCAUGGCUCCACACUGACACGUAGCUCCAGCAGUGACAGCAUCCGCAGUGUCAGGGGCAAACCCGGCCUGGUGCGCCAGAGGGCUCAGGAGAUCGAGGCCCGCAUGCGGCUGGCCGGCCUCACCGUGCCCUCAAGCCUCAAACGCUCCAACUCACUGGCCAAACUGGGCAGCCUCAACUUCUCGGCUGAAGACCUGUGCUCCGUCUGCUCCUCGGAUGCAGGCACCCUCCUGCUCCUCUCUCUUUCCCCAGAGCCAGGCCUAGAAUGGGAGUGCCCCUCCACCUCUUCCUCCGCCCAGCCCAGAGCACACAGGGACCAGACCACCCCAGAGAGAGCACUGUCCGGGGGUCCCAGGAGCUGACAGGAAGGAUGGAGGGACACUCCUCCACCCAUCCCUCCAUCCCCCACUCUGAGCUGGGGAGGGUCACACAGAUUUUGGAGAGGGGAGAGGGACAGUCUUAAAAAACAAAUGUGUAUAUAGAAUUAUACAUGUAUAAAUAAACAUUUGCAUAAUAUAAAUAUAUAUUAAUAUAAAUCCACAUCAUAUUUAAGGAAAAAUAAACAGAAUCCAAAUAUUAUACCAUAAUCCAGAUGGUAUCUUGGUUAAAGGCUGUUCUUGCAUGGAGCGCAAUGAAAGUGUGUGCAAAGAUGAACCUCAUACUUAAGACCUGGUCUCCAUCAGGACUUAAAGUGGUUUUCAUGUCUGGUCCUCUGCCUUUCUAGCUGUCCAGAGAUCAGAGUUACAGCUUCAUCAUUAUCAUCAUCAUAAUCAUAUUAUCAUCAUCAUAAUCAUUAUCAUCACCAUCAUAUACCCUGCCUUUCACAAGCAGAUACAUUUUGUUUUUAUCACAAACUUUAUCAUCACAGUUUUUUGUUGACUUUGCCAUUGGUUAAUGUUAGUUGUGGUGUGUUUUGAUUUAGUGCUGCCUUAGUCAGAGUUGAUCAUCAGAUGAUAUUGAUUUUGCGCUAUCAUUGGGUAUAGAGCUCCCGAAGUUUCACCAUGUGCCGAAAACAAAGGGGAGAAGUGGGUGUAGUUGUCUGUGUUGUAUUUGUCACUGCUAUCUUGGGUUCAGUAAGCAAUAUGAGACGCACAUAGACCGUAAACUUGUCAUAACACAAACAGCACCAUUAAUUCGGUGUGCAUCAUGUAUUUUGGAGAGAAACGUUGUGAUAGGUCAAAUGUAUGUGACAUCAUCAUAUCGGGUAUGCUAAAAGGUUUUCUUCCUCUUUUCACCUCAGUGUUAAUGACUAUCCGUUACAGGUUGGAGGCUGUUACCAACGAUGUGAUAUUAGAAAUGUCUUAAAAAAAUCAUACAAGCAUAGAAUCUAGCUCCUCUGCUUCUGAGCCUGCGUUGUAUUUUGGUAUUUGUAUAAAAAAGUGAAUCAAUCA